AUGAGUGGAAGCGCUCUUAUUGGUUCAGUGGCAAGGUUGAUGAUGGGGUGGAUUCGGAACAGGGGUGGCGGUGGGUUCUCUCGCACUCUCUCCUCCCUCAAUGGCUAUUUCUCUCCAUUUCUCUCCUCACCCUUGCUUAGAAUUUGCAUGGGCAGCCGCACUCUCUCCAACCUUCCAUUUGGCAAGCUUAGUUUUCAAUCUUUUUUUUUCUUCAAUACUCAAACACGAGAUCUCACUCUUGUGCUCACCAUGGUAGAACCAGGGAUCUCACUCUUGCCCUUUACCAUGGUAUAUUGGUCGGGUUGGCCACGGUUGGGGUCUUGA